AUGACUGAAUCUGACAGUAAAUGUAUUUCAGAGAAUUUGCAUAAUGGCCAAAAUGGUCUGCAUAAUGUGAUACGUGUUGUGAGUGAGAUCCUUAGUGGUUACACUAAGGAGGUUAAUAAGCGCACUGAUAAUGUAAAUAAAUCACUUAGCGAACUUAGUGAUCACUUAGGUAAUCAAUAUGUAGCUGAUGUAAAUAACAAAAUUAAUGAUUCACUUGAAAUGCAGUUGACUGCUUGGAGGGAUACCGUCCAAAGCCUCGAAACUGAGGUAAACAAAAUUCAGACUGAUAAAAUUAAUGUUUUAGAUAAGUCACUUAAAAGUAGUGUGUUGCGUGAAUUCAUGCCUGUGAAAAGUGUGGUGGAGCAUAUGAAAAGUGUUAGCUUGGACGGGCACUUGGCCCCUCAGGUACAGCAAGUGGACAACCAGUUGCUAGUUCAGCAAGCGCAUAUGGUGGGUUCUAUUAAGGACCGUUGCGAGGGUUUGCAAAAGACGCUGGACGAUGAAUGUAAAAAGGUUGUUAGUCAGAUUGAUCAUUUAGAAGGUGAAAAAAAAAGCCACUUUGUGUACUUAAAAAAUGAGUUGAAGGAUGCCAAAAGGGAUGCUCAACACCUAGUUACAUAUUUCUAUGCGGACUACGAGGGUGUGAUUCUGACGCAUUAUGACAACAUUAAAGACUCGUUGGCGCUUGUUGAUCCCACUAAAAAUUCCAGUCAAAAUUCAAACCACUAUGACGCUGUCAAUGCACUGACAGAGAAGGUGGAGAAAAUUGAAGAAGCGUAUCAGAAUAAAUUGAAGGAUGUUAGACAAAAAGUCGUUAAUGCAGUUGGGGAGAGAGAUGACUCGGAGAAUAGUCUUUUAUUAAGUCUCACUAAAUUAGAGGAGGAUGUCAAAAGAGAUUUGCUGGCGAUCAGGCAGAAGGUGGAGAGGGAGAUGAAAGAUUAUGUCAAGCACUACGUCAGGUUGGUUAAAUCAGAAGUUGAGAGUAUUAAAAAGAAGGUGGGAAAGGAGAACGGGGAUAGUAAAGAUAGCAUUGCAAAGCAUUGGCAUCUUCUCAAGGUGGCGAUUACGGGACUAGUCGGCGAGAUUAAUGGCAAAGACAGUGACACAGGUAAGCCAUAUUAUAGAGGUCUCAAGGGAAUUAAAGAGCGGGUGGCGAAUUAUACUAAAACGUUUAAAGACAGUUUUGAAGAUACAAUCUUGGAUGGAUGGAUUUCCAGGAUUUUGAAGGGGAACGGUGUGGUGAAUGGCAGGCUCGAUAAGUAUGUUAACGAAGAUACAGCUAAAGUGGAUGGUAAAUAUAAGAUUCCGGAGGAGCUGCACAAUGCUGUUAAGAAGGAAAUUAAGGAGAAACUUAAGGAAGGUGUUAUUGAUACAGCUCGGGAGCAGAUUAGACUCACGGAUGUUGAAAAGGCAAACACACAAGAGAAUAUAGAAGCUGUCGUCAAAUUUCUACAUAUAUUUGUCGAACGGCUUGAGGCCGAAUUGAAGAAACCAGAACCUCAUGAUAACCCAAAAUCUUUUGUCAAUAGCAUAGCUGUGAAGGUUGAGGAAGAUGAGCAAUGGACGUCCAGAAAACCCAAAGCAUCCAUUUACGAUCGCUAUCUCAGAUCCGCUAUCCGUUACAUUCUAAUGACUCUUGUGAUCAUUGCUAGGCAGACUGCCAGUGCGCUGUGGUCUUUCACUACUGCGAAAGAUAGUAAAUCAAAUAGGAUUGCUUUCUAUCUUGGCUACAAUCUUGAGGAGGCCAUAAUCAUUGCCGCAGAAAUAAGCAAAGAAUUUGACGUCAGCCAAACGGGAAGUGGUUUGGGCAGAAAAUUUCAAACAGUCCUGGAAAAUGUGAGAUCGCAAAUUGAAGCGCUCGAAAAUAAUCUCAGUCAGGAAGUGUUUGAAGGCGAAGUUAAUACCAUACUGAAUGACAAUAUUGGGAAACAGUACAAGACAACUGAUCAAGUCGAUAAACCAUUUAAUGAUGAAUUCAUGAACGCUUAUAAAAAGGCGACGAGUGCAGAAAUUGGCGCCGAAAGAGGUGCGCUCAGACAGAAAAUUGACGACAUUAAAAAGCAUGUUACUGAGUACACGGAUGCCACUGGAAACAUAAAUGUUCUGAGUAUUCCUGAUCUAAUUACAGCGUCACGUGGCGACGACCAAGGCGCAAAGCCGUCCUUCAGCAGUGCCAUGCGAGAGAUACUCAGUAAAAUUAAAACCCUGGAAGCAGUACCAGCUGACGUUGCCAAGAAGAGGAAUGAGGCGUUUAGUAAAUUGGAGGAGUUGAGAGGAAAGAUUGACACGCUAAACGACAAAAUAAAAUACAUAUCGGCUCUCGUCGACGGAGGCGAAGAAACGCUGGAAACUGCCGUAACAACACUGCGGCUCGCAUUGUCGGAAGCAAAGUCAAAAACGAACAAUGGCAUCACCAAAUUAAGAAAGGAUCUCCUCCAACAGGUGGACACGUCUUUCAAAUCCCUUACGACAGCCGUCAAAUCCAUGUUUGCAGAACAACAUAAAGCGGACCUAAAAGCCCUAAACGCGUUGGUUGAGAAGCAGAAAAAUAUAAUAGGAAAAAUGAUUAAGGACGACAAAAUGACCGGAAUUAAAGGCCUUUUGAAGACCAUGGACUAUCGUGAAAAUAAACUUGACAAGCUUCAGAAAGCUGUAACACCGCCAAACGAAAAUCAUGCUACGAAAUUCAAAAACCUAUCAGAAUCUUUUCACAAUUACGUUAAUCAUCUUCACAACUACAUACUUCAUCGACUCAUUUCUAAGACUCCAAACGGCACCCUUCACCAACUCCAGUCCAUCCACUCCCAGCUCCAAACUCUCCUUUCCCACCUGCGCGAGCAAAAACACUUCACCCACGAGGUCCCCGGAAUGCUCCAAAAACUCAAGACGUCCGUCCAAGCACUCACCUCCACAGCCUUCGGCAACCCCGCGUAUCCCGUGCUCGACGCUUUCCCCAAGAGCCUGCUGCCGUUCGUCGAGCAGCUGGAGAGGGGGUACGUGAACAGGUAUGAGGGGGAUGCAGCUACAUACUUCAGUUGGAAUAAACCGUUUUCCACUGAAUUUAAUAAUCUUGGUAAUAAUUGUGCUAAAGCGUUUUUGACCAGCUUGCAGAUUCUAGUACAUGACUUCUCUAAGUUAGCACGAGAAUGUCCAGGCACGUGGAAAGACAAGCAAAUAUGUCUGACUGAAUUUGAUCAAAAACUCAAGGUACAAGUUCCCAAUGACCUAGGUGCCUGGUUGAGGAGGUGUAGUUACGAAGUGUCCGAGUUUGGCAAGCAAAAUGGUGAAUUGCAAGAUAAAAGCACAAUGAAGGGUACAAAUAUAUUGGAAAAAGUUACGCACAAAAUUGCCGGCGCCGAGAAAGUUGAAGCACUUAAGAAAUGGAAAGAAAGUAAGAAGCAAAAUGGCAACCAUAUCGGUCUCUUCGACAUCCUUGUUUUCCUUUUCGGCCACCUUGAGAGUUACUACAAGGUGUGUCACUACUGCAUCCCCGCGAAACCAAAGGCACCAACUACCGUCAACCAAAUGCUCCACUGGCUCAACGGCCUGCGGUGGAAUCCGGUAUAUUGGCCGCUAAGGCUGCACCUCAUGGAAUUGUUUCCUAAGCCUAUGGGAAUGGAAGAAAAAACACAUAAAGAAAUAGGUUCCGCAAAUUUGAAACUAGAAGCCCACCCAUACACCAUCACGCCUAAGGACCUAGACAACAAACUCUUACAUGUUUGCAUGUACUGCCAGGAUACGUUAGUUGCCAUCCUAGGCCACGGUCAAGAACAGGGGCGCUACGCCGUUGACUUUUACACCAACAUCGACGGUUUGUCAUAUCCUAGUGACCCCGGUCAAUGUUUUGAUUUACUCUUAGAUAUAUCAUUUAGAUUAUAUGACCAGUUGUUUUUCCUGUACAAACAGUGCUACAACGGGACAACAUGUGCAGGGUGGCAAGAUUGCCACUAUGGCCUGGGAGUUGGCGGGUCAGCUUUUACUUGCAACAGUAACCAAUGUCCUAACCAAGAGUGCCCCCUAAUAGCUGAUCAAAAGACCAAACAAACAUCUAACCAAAGCAGCAACCAAAAUGCCGACCAAACGAUCAACCAACAUACUGACUGCGGCCUUAAGUCACCACUCCAGUCGUUCCUGGAGGACGGUCUGCAGGGUUUCCUCCCUCAUACAUUUACCAAGCCAGGUUGUAAGCUGGAAUGUUCAGUUGCCAAUCACAAUGGUAUUCCUUGUAAAACGCCCAUGGGCUUCUCAUAUAUUGGUGUUGCUGCUUCACAUACGCAAACAGGCGCAAAUCUCAAGAAGGCACUCGAGAAAUUCUGCGGUCCAAAGUCUCCCCUCCUACAGCUAUGUAAUAUGCUGAAUUGCCUGCUUCGCCGGCCUCCGCAAACUCUGGGUGACAUGUUUGCCUUUUACCAUAAAUUCCUCAAUAAGUGGGACAAGGAAGGACAGACACAUAAACAGUAUGCGUUUGCCGAGGCAGUCAAAAUGGCCUAUUUCGGUGCCCGGUAUGACAUGUUGACCAUCGCUUCCAUACAAAACAGCAGCGCUCAUAGUAAGCAUUUAAACAACGAGAAUAAGCAACUAACCGGUGACAUGUUUAGUCUCUUCAGCUGCGAGCCGCAAGGCAAUCCAGUUCAUCCAUGUGGUCCAUACUUGCAGCCAAUAUACACAGGCAUCCGUGAUAUCUAUACAAAAGACCACUCCGAUUACUACCUGUCAUGGAUCGUCUACAUUACGGAAAAGUUUUAUGAACUGCUUAAGAAAUUGUACGAUGAGUGUCGCAAGAAGUGCAACACACCUGGGUCACGAUGCCACGACACAAGCUGUGCAGAAAUGUGCCCAGUAACCCAUCAGCCGGACAGAUUACCAUCCUCAACCCAUGACGCUAAAUGCGCAUCCAUUGUCAAGUGUCAAAAUACUCACCCGGCACUCUACGCUGCAGGUUUCACAUUUGGAAGCCCAUUUGCACUAAGUGGCGAGGAGUCCGACGCGGCAAAACGCACAUGUCAAGACUUCUGCAACACAUUGAAGGAAGUUCUCAGCGAUAAAGAAGCUGACAACGCACCACUUGCCAAGCUAAUAUACGUCAUCAUUCCCAAUUUCCUUUGGGAAAUAAGAAAGAAAUUCUCCUACCUGUUGUUAGGCCUCUGGUCCCUCUCUUUGCUCUACCUGCUGCACAUCGCCGUCGUCCGCCUCGACGUCCUGAGGAUACGCUCCCACCUGAGAUCACCCUCAAGCCACCGCAUCGCCGCGCAGUCGCUACUCGCCGCCGCACGCGUCAAGGCACUCGCCAACGUCAAGUACUUCUCACCAUAA